AUGUACUUCUUGCAGGUAUGUCACAGACAUGGAGUGAUACAUCGAGACCUAAAACCCGAGAACUUUUUAUAUGCCAACACCAGUGACAAUGCUCCAUUAAAGGCAAUUGAUUUUGGCCUCUCCAUAUUCUUCGAGCCUGGUCAGCGUUUUGGUGAAAUUGUUGGAAGCCCAUAUUACAUGGCCCCAGAAGUACUUAGACGAAAUUAUGGGGCAGAAAUAGAUAUAUGGAGUGCAGGUGUUAUUCUUUACAUCUUACUAUGUGGAGUUCCUCCUUUUUGGGCAGGUAAAUUUCCUUCUUUCACUCGAAUUUAUGAAGGACUGGGGGUAACCUAA